UGUAUGCCACAAUGCGGAAUCUGGCCAAGAAAGAGCCACUCGAGGAAGCUGCAGGUCGCAGGCUGGGCAAAACCCUUGAAAUUAAACAACUGGAUGUUUGUGAUGAAGAGUCUAUUAAAACGUGUGUGAACAGUAUCCCUGACAGGAGGAUUGAUGUCCUAGUUAGCAACGCUGGAAUGGGUCUCAUUGGACCUAUUGAAUGUCAGACCAUAGAUGAAAUGAAAACUGUGAUGGAUACCAACUUCUUUGGACUGGUUCGACUCCUGAAGGAGAUUUUGCCUGACAUGAAGAAGAGAAAGAGUGGGCACAUAGUUAUAAUAAGCAGUGUGAUGGGAAUACAAGGUAUCUUAUUUAAUGAUGUUUAUGCUGCAUCUAAGUUUGCUGUGGAAGGAUUCUGCGAAAGUUUAGCUAUACAAGCCCUCAAGUUCAAACUGCACUUAAGUUUGAUUGAACCAGGCCCCGUGGUUACUGAGUUUGAAAGAAAAGUGUUUGAAGAUGGAAUGAAAAUGGAUCUUUCAGCUGCAGACAAGGAAACAGCUGAGAUGUUUACUAACAUUUACCUUAAAAAUUACAAACAGAUUUUUCAGAGUCUGGGACAAAGUGCUGAAGAAGUUGCAGAGCACACAGUGAAGAUAAUUCUUGCAGAAAAUCCACCUUUUCGCCAUCAGACCAACACCUUGUACACUCCGAUGACAACUCUGAAAUAUGCAGAUCCAAAUGGAGAUCUGCCCAUUGAUACAUUCUACAAGAUGGUUUUUCAACAUGACAAAGUCUUCAAUGCAAGUCUUAACUUUAUCAAAUUGCUACGGUGGAGAAGUAGGAAGAGCUUUGACCUGGGCAAACCCUCACAAUAA